AUGCAAAGAAUGCAAAACUCAUUAAAGGCAUUUUCACAACUUAUAACUUUAGGCAGAUUUAAGGAAGCUCAAGAAUGUUUAAAUAAGCAUUCAGAGGAUAUCAGGCACUAUUUCCCUGAAGAUCAUCCUGCAACAUAUUCCCUGAUUAAUAACUAAGCACUACUUUACAAGCUCAAUGGGUAAUUUAUGGAGGCCAAAAUAAUGUUCUAGAGAGUUAAUGAUUCUUACACCAAACUCUAUGGAGAAAAUCACCCUUCAAGUAUCAAUUCCUUGAUAAAUCUAGCCACUGUCCAUAAGGAUUUGCAGGAACAUGACUAAGCUAUUCCUCUUUAUGAAAAAGCAUUGAUUGGCAGGAAGAUUACUGAAGGAGAAAAUUCAGUUGCUUACUGUAUGGUUUUAGCUAUGGCAUCAGGGUCUUACAGAGAAAUCGGAAAAUUUGAUGUUGCUGAGAAGUACAUUAAGGAAGCAUUUGUAACAAUAGCUUCUGAAUAUGGUGAGGAUAGUAUUCCUGCAGCUGUGGUUUUGAAUAGUAUGGGUAUGCUCUAUAAAAGAUAAUAAAAGUAUGAGAGGUCUUUAGAUGCUUAUGAUCGAGCUUUAGCAAUAAGAGAGAAGGAAAUGGGCGAGGGCCAUCCUGAUACUAUUGCAGUGAGACAUAACAUAGCUGAACUUUAUAUCACUUGGGUGAAACCUGAUAAAGCUUAGGAAUACUUACAGAAAAAUAUUGAGAUUAUGGAGAAGAAAUCUCAAUAGGAGAAAGAAAUCUUAAGCUAGGGUGCUGAUCUAAAAGAAACUAACUUUGUUUGA